CUUACCCCAAAAAUAUUGACGACCAUUUCUCUGGCCAGUUUGGGUUCAUCAUGUUUCUUUGAAAUACUACUUUGUACGCUUGUACAGUUAAGGUAGGGGCCAGGGUAAUACAUCUAAUGUUGUGGAUCUAACUACAGGUAGUAACAUAUCAUGUGUUGAGAAAAAGUAUUAUAUUAUGUAUAAUAGAUGGAGUCAGCAGAGUGGUGUGAGACCGUUUUUGUGAUUGGUAGAAGAACAAAUGCUGGAACUUUUGACAAUGGGAAUUGCAAAGUGUUUGAUAAAAAUGGAUAUCGUUGGAUUGUUGAUCAACAGUUUUACAAAAAAUUAGAACUACCUGAAGAUCCGUGUAAAUGGGAUCAGAUGCAAGUUUGUACUUGGAUGAAAUGGGCUAAAAUUGAAUACAACUUAACUAAUUUAAAUAUCACUGAAUUAACAAUAAAUGGGAAACAGUUAACUUCAGACAAUUUUUGUUGGGAUAUUACUGGUUUAGAAGAUAAGUCAUCAAAUGAUGAUUUUUGGACACACGUUUGUCUACUCAAAACUAUGCACAAAGUAUAUAUUAAACAAAAUGAUGAAGGAUGUAUCAAUAUACAGACACUUCUAAACUAUAAAAAUAAAAUGUAUUCAAAUUCGGAUUUUAAUCAUGAUGUAGAAAUUUGGCAAUUUUUACUACAUUUAUUAACAGACAGUGAAUAUCAAAAUGUGAUUGAAUGGAUUGAUAAUGAAGGAACAUUCAAAAUAAUAAAACCAAGUACUGUUAGUAUCAUGUGGGGUUUGGUUAAAAAUAAUUGGAGAAUGGAUUACAAUAAAAUGGCUGCAGCAUUGAGAUACCAUUAUGGAAAAGGUAUUAUAGAACGAGCUAAGGGAAAACAUGUUUAUAAAUUUGCUGGUGAUAUAAAAUCUAUGAUUGGUCAUAAUCCCUUGGAUAUGAAGAGUAUGUUUCAACAAGAAUCUAAUUAAGCACUACACAAUAUAUGCGAAUAGCGAUAAAGAUUUUUAUAUGGGCUUCAACUUGAAAGUAUGAUUGGAUGUACGUUUAAGAAGUAACUA